AUGGACCGGCCGAUCGUCCGGCUGCGGAAGAAUAAUCGGCCGGUGUGCGGAUCAGGGCGUGUUCUUCGCCGUUUCAGUGAAAGUAAUCGCAUACAUCGCGAACUGGACAUUGCGUAUAAAAACGCCGACCGGCCGGUCCGAUGGCACAUUCGAUCCGAAACUACCACAAGGAGGACAAUGAUGAGGAGCAUCGCGAUCGUUCUGCUGGCGACGGCCGUGUUGGCGGCUCCCAAGGAGGAUAACUCGAGCCUGAAGGACAAGCGGAGUCUGUUGCUGGGCGACGCCGGUCUCUCGAGCUACACGGGCGGCAUCGGUCUGUCGGGCUACGCCGCCGGGUACGGCACCGGCCUCGGCAGCAAGUUGGGCCUCACCUACGGCUCGUACGGUAGCGGGCUCGCGCACGCGUACACCUCCGGUUUGGGCUACGGCAAAUACGGCGGCUCCUACGGUAUCGGCAGCACCUAUGACCUCGGAGGACACGGCUUGAUCGCCGGCCACAGCCUCAUCGGCGGCGGUCUCAUCGGCGGCCACGGCCUCAUCGGCGACUCCUUGGCGCACGCCAAGACCGAGCGCAUCACCGGCCUCACCGUUCACCGCGAGGUCCAAGUUCCGGUACCGGUGCCGCAGCCCGUUCCGGUCCCAGUGACCAAGCACGUGCCGGUCCCGCACCCCGUACCCGUCAAAGUCGACCGUCCCUACGCGGUCCCGGUGCCACAACCCGUGCCCGUGCCCGUCACCCGCCACGUACCCGUGAAGGUCGACCGUCCGUACCCGGUGCCGGUGCCGCAACCCAUCGAGGUCCGCGUCCCGCAGCCGGUGCCGUACCCGGUAGCCCAGCCCGUACCGGUCCCGGUGUCCGUGACGAAGCACGUGCCGAUCUCCGUGCCGUCGAUCGCCGUGUCGCCCUUGCCAGCCGGCAUCUCCACCGGCCAUGAACUCAUCGGAAUAGGCCACGAUCUCGGCUCGGCGAGUCUGCACAGCGGCAUCGUCUCCGACAUCGGCAGUGUCGGCAUCCACCACCUGGGAGACAGCUUCGCCACGGCCGGCGUGGUGUCCGGCGCUGACCACAUCGGAUCCACCCUGGGAUCCAGCGAACUGCUGUCCGGCGGCGUGGAGCACGUGGGGACUUCCCUGGGAACGACCGGUCUCGUGUCCGGCCUGGAUCAUCUCGGAACCGCCGGCAUUAUCUCCCACGACAGCGGAUACCACUACCCGGCGCCGACGCUGAAGAAAUGGUGA